AUGUCUCCUUUUGUGUCUUUGCUGCUAUGCAUGUUAUUUAUGAGUGGCGAUCUCGGGAGCUCAUGCAUUGAGAAGGAGAGGCAAGCUCUACUGGAUGUUAAAGCCAACCUAACAGGCUUAGAUGAGUCUAUAUAUGAUUGGGGGAGCAACGAAGAAAAAAUGGAUUGUUGCAAAUGGUUGGGUGUCUUUUGUAGCAACCUCACUGGUCAUGUGACUUAUCUUUCAAUUGGUGGUAGCGGUUCCACAGGUAAGAUUAGUCCAUCGUUACAACUGUUGAAUCAGCUGGAAUAUCUUGAUCUGAGUCACAAUAAUUUUCAGUCCAAUCCUCUACCCGAUUUUUUGGGUUCCCUGUCCAAGUUAGAACGUUUGCUUAUGUCUAGUGCUAAUCUCGGUGGGUCUAUCCCUCAUCAACUCGCCAAUCUCUCCAACUUGCUUGUUCUUGAUCUUAAGAAUAAUUCUUUGAGUGGGUCUAUUCCUUUCUUUUUUAAAGAUUUGACUUCUCUUACCUAUAUAGACCUCUCUAGCAAUGGAUUAUCUGGUAAUGUACCAAACAGUUUGGGUCAACUUUCUAAAUUGAAAUAUCUUGAUCUUAGUUACAAUUCUUUGAAUGGAAGCAUACCUGACUUCAUAGGAUCUCCUCCCAUUUGGUCUUUAGACAUAUCCCAUAAUCAGUUACAUGGUAAUGUACCAAAUAGUUUGGGUCAGCUUUCGAAUCUGGAACAUCUUGAUCUUAGUUAUAAUUCGUUGGAUGGAAGCAUACCUAACUUCAUAGGAACUAUUCCCCUUUGGCAUUUAGACAUGUCUAGUAAUCAGUUACAUGGUAGUGUACCAAACAGUUUGGGUCAGCUUUCAAAUCUUACAUAUCUUGAUUUUUCAUCCAACUCCCUCGAAGGUGUUAUCUCUGAAGUUCAUUUUCUUAAUCUCACCUCUCUAGGAUAUUUGGACUUGUCUUUCAAUUCUUUAGCAUUAGACUUAAGCUUCCAUGGGAUAAUCCCUUCUGUUUUAGAUACAAUAAAACUACAAUCCUGCAAGUUGGGACCUAGGUUCCCAAUAUGGAUGAAAACUCAACGAAAUUUCAAACAUCUUGAUAUUUCCAAUGCUGGAAUAUCAGGUAGCGUCCCUAACUGGUUUUGGGACCUACCUAGUGAAUUGGAAUUUCUGAACAUCUCUUCAAAUGGAAUAGAAGGCAUGAUACCAAAAAUGGGGGUAUCAUUUUUGGGCUAUCCUGGAAUGGAUUUGAGCAACAACCAUUUCGAAGGAGGCGUACCGUCAUUGCCUUCUAGAGUAUCUGCAUUAAACCUCUCUGGAAACAAGUUCUCAGGAACAGUUUCUUUCUUGUGUAACUUUGAUGGACCUUUAACUCUUCUUGACCUCUCCAACAAUUCAUUCUCAGGUAGCCUGCCUGGUUGUUGGAUGAAAUUCCAGGAAAAGUUAGUCGUUCUAAGUUUAUCGAGUAACAAUAUAUCUGGGGAAAUUCCUUUUUCUUUGGGAACCUUGUCUAACCUAGAGGUAUUGUAUUUACGAAAAAAUGCAUUUGUUGGUGAAGUGCCAACGUCCUUGAGAAACUGCACUAAACUUAGGUUUGUGGAUCUUGGGGAAAAUAAGUUAUCUGGAGUCAUACCAGAAUGGAUAGGGGAACUUUCAAAAUUAUAUGUUCUUGUUUUAGGAUCCAAUAGAUUCUAUGGGAUGUUACCUUCCAAAGUAUGUUGGUUGUAUAAUCUUCAAGUCCUUGACCUGUCUAAUAAUGGAUUGUCAGCUAAUAUUCCUAGAUGCUUUGAUAACUUCACCGCUAUGGCUAGAAGAAGCUUUCGAGACGAUGUGAUCACUAGCCAUGCUUAUUCAUCUGCCAUACCAGCUAAAUGUUAUUUUCUGAAUGGAAAUGAGUGUCCUUCUGAUCCUGUUGAAGAAGCACAAUUUUUAGACAAUGCAUGGGUUGCGUGGAAAGGAGCAAAACGGUUAUUUGGAAAAAGUGGACUGAGUCUAUUGAAAAGCAUUGAUCUUUCAAGAAACAACUUAUCUGGAAAAAUUCCAAAUGCGAUCACUGGUCUUUUUGAACUGGUUUCUUUAAAUCUUUCUGUCAACAAGCUGCAUGGGGAGGUCCCAAAAGAUAUGGGUCGGUUGAAGUCUCUUGAAUCUCUUGACUUGUCUAGAAAUGAGUUCUCUGGGCAUAUUCCGUGGAGUUUGGCACAAUUAAACUUUUUGAGUUAUCUUGACCUCUCUUUCAAUAACUUGUCAGGAAGAAUACCAAUUGGUUCUCAACUCCAACGCUUCAGUUAUACCUCAUACAGUGGUAACCCUCAACUUUGUGGACCUCCACUUACACCAAGAUGUGGGUUUCUACAAGUUGUUGAGAAGAAAGAUGUCAAAGAAGAAGACGAUGAUUCUUGGAAAUUAUAUUACAUAGGUAUGGGUGUUGGAUUUGCAUUUGGAUUUUUAGGUAUAUGUGGUGCUUUAAUUUUAAGCCAUCGAUGCAGAUAUUUUGUUUUUGCUUCGUUGAGUCACAUGAAGGAUUGGAUGUAUGUAAUUAUGGUUGUACAUUUUGGCAAACUUGUAAGAAAGUUUAGGUAA